CGCGGUGUGUUUCACGAUAGGCCGCGUAAGCCUUCGCGUUUUCGCGUCUUACGCACUCGCACGUCUACCAGGCUGCUCCGACAUUUUGGUACCGCCGCGUCACACAGAGCAACACCUUCGCGGUUUUCGCGGUUUUUUCGCGCGGCGCAUUUUUUCUGCCGCGGUGCUUCGUUCGUGGCGCGUACGAAAAAAUCGGAGGGAAGGAAAAAAGGGAAAGGCGAAAGGUGGUUUUAGUUUCUUUCUCUCUUUCUUUCGGUCGUGGGAGAGGCGCAGAAACGAAGGAUGAAGCGGGAAAAGAGAGAGGGGGUCAAAAUCUUGGCAACGUUGGAGGCUUUUUCAUUUGAUGCGCAUCGGAUUCCGGGACGCUUGGAAUCGCUUCGGUUCCCAUGAGUCUCCGCGGCAAUCCGAGUAAAGGGAUAGAGGAGGGGCGUCUACGCGGCUGGUGGGGAGAGCUUUUUUCGUUUUACAAACUGGUUCAAUUUUUUCUCAAAAAGCGGGUGAACACCGCGGAAACCGGUUGUGUCUACGCCGACUCGGGACCCGACUAGCCGAGGAGGAGGCGUCGGAGGGGAAUGGUCUUCUCUUCGGAGCUCCAGAGAAAACACGUGAGACCGAGGAUCGUCAGGGGCAGCCGUGAUCGAGGUACACGUUCGAACGGACUCGCGUGUAAAUGCUUCGAAGGCCACCGUGUUGCAGGCAUUCAUCCGGUUGACAGAGGUCCGGGUUGCUUCGACUUGGAGAACAAGCCUGUCGACUGACUGCGCAUCGACCGAUACCUUCUAACGAAGAAGGAAGGCGGUGGGAUUACGGUGAACCGCAAGAACGGUUCUUUGGCUUGGACAAGCUACUGGCGGUGCCAGAUCCGCGCAUGCUUCAGCAACGAGGCAGUUCAGCAACGACACCACCCGCGACGUCAUCCUCCAACAUGUUCCCCCAACAAUAUUGCCUACGAUGGAAAUACCAUCACAGCAACCUACAGACCAUGUUCUCACAGCUGCUCGAGCGACAAGCUUAUUGCGACGUCACUUUAGCCUGCGAGGGCAAGACUCUGAGAGCGCACAAGGUAGUUCUAUCAGCGUGCAGCACGUACUUCGACACGAUCCUGUCUCAGUACGAAGAGAAGGAUCCCAUUGUCAUAAUGCGGGACGUGAAAUUCUCAGACAUCAAAGUGCUCGUCGAGUUCAUGUACAAGGGAGAGAUUAACAUUGAUCACACGAGAUUGUCGUCCCUGCUGAAAACCGCGGAGGAUUUGCAUAUCAAGGGCCUGGCCGAGGUGAGCUGGCGUAGCGAUUCCACGCAAAAUGAUCUAGGAAACAGCGGUCACAGUCCCGGCGCGGCGACUCCAGGUGUCGAGACGGUCCUCAGGGAAGGUGACGCCGACGAACCACCACCUCCGAAACAAAGACGCAGAGGGCGUCCACCUCUGGACGACCCACCCUCGGCUCACGACGUUUUCACACCGAAAAUCACAUGUAUCACCGGAAAUGUACGUCAAGAGGAAAUGAUGAGCGAGGGCGGUGACCACGAGAGUUGGGACGACGAAAUGAUGAUGAAUGAAAAUAACGAAACGCCACUGCCGGUGCUAUCGUACAUGUCGAAGGAUGACAACGCAUCCGACCAGGAAAAGAAAGCGCCUACCACUCCCUCGAAUUCCAACGCCACGAACCUAUCGAUCCCCGAGCAAUUCCGAGACGUCGUGAAGAUGAACGAUUACCUGACGACGGGACGCCGCCAAGAGUUCUGGGAGGAGCCGUUCACGCGACGCGUUAUGGAUGCCAUUAAGAGCAAAGAACUGGAAAUGAAGACUGCUGCCGAGAUACUUGGCGUGUCUUACGGAACCCUCUACGGCAGAUAUCGCGACAGUUAUGGUUGCCUUAAACAUCCGUAUAGAGUAAGGGACUUUUGGUCAGAACCUGGGCCAGCGGAAGUGUUAGCCAAACUACGAAGGAAAGAGAUCACGUUGUUCCGUGCAGCCGAGUUCCUUAACGUGACCGUCCAUACGUUGGCAACCUAUUUGUCAACGCUACAGGGUCCAGACAGGAUUUCGCUGGCCGGUGACUUGAGCGUUGCGUCUGGUGCCAUCGACGGCAACAACGAGACUCCGGAGAACAACGAGUCGGUGAACGAUAUCCUGCAGAAGAUCAACGCGAACGCGGCCACGACAGCGACACCGACAACCUCGACUCCCAUCAAGAGAGAGGGAGGCGGCUACAUCGAGGUACCAACGCCCGUCCCAAAGCCAGCGACCUCGGUGCUCGAAAACAACCCGGAUAUCACGAUCGUGAAAACAGAAGGCAUGCCCCGUAAACGGGAGUACGCGAAAGUUUCGAACACGGAGAACAACAACGCGAAACUGAUGAGUGGCGGCGCUGUUAGCGAGGUGACGCAACAACAGCAACAACAACAACAGCAAAAGAUCACCGAUCCGUUGUCGUUGAACAACGACAACAGCAAACCCUAACUAUUCAGGCCUUAUCUGCAACCGGCGAAUCCCCGUGCACCGAGCGCUAACUACAGAUCCGAGCUGUGCCCUCGCAGAUUCUAUUCGAACGUGUUUACUCGCUUCCUCACGAAUUUUCAUUUGAAGUAGAAGAAAAUGAAGAUGAAGAAGAAGGUGAAACGCGUCGCGCUGUCCGUGUUAAUAAUUAUUUGUCGUCGUGACGUCGUCGUCGCAGCCUUGGCCCGUUCGUUGACGCUCCACGCACGCCAGCCCACGCCAGCAAAAAUGUAGCUUUAGACAAUCUCGCGUGUACGAUCGUCGUCGUGGCAUAGGUUGGAGUUGCGUCGACAGCAGGCGAAACUGUCGCGAGUAAACAGGAAACAAAAAAGAAAGAAAACGUUAUUAGCGAGAGUUAUAUCGAAGGAUAUAUUGAAUGCAGAGUCGACUUAUUUUCGACGAAGGAGCUUGCGAAGCGAAGGGCUUGUUGUGUUCGGUGGUCCUGCCUUUGGAUCCGGUUCGAUUCUAUCCCGUUGCACGGGAGCAACGCCUGCCGCAUAUAUUUUCCGAGUAAAACGAACAGAGUGCGUCGAAACUAGAGAACGAUUCCUUCUUAAGAGUUAGUACCUAGCGAUACGGUUCUUCGUUACUUCAAAAUUGGUUCGCUUUAAAUCCAAAGUCAGUAGCGAUUAUCGAGAUCGUGUUUGGCCUUCGUGACAAGGAACAAACAAAAUGAGAAACAGAAAAACUAGGACUAAAAAGAAAGGGAAAAACACACAAAAAAGAAAGAAUGAAGAAAAGAGAUGAAUGAAAGAAAGAAAGAAAGAAAGAAAGAAACGUGUAAUAAAGUUCAAUCGAAGUUCCUUUUGAAUAACGAUGUAGGGUGUAUCGCGAAAAGAAUGCCUAGACUAUUUUCUGCCGCAUGUGUCUGUAUGGUAGCACGUAAAGAGCGACAAUAUUAUUCACCCGUAGACCCGUCAGUAUAGCGAUCCCAGAGUGACAGUUCUUCGAGAAUAGAUGUUUCUCGUGCGAUCGUCGUUUUAAACAAACAUUGCACGAGCGUAUAUUUCAGCGGUAUAUUGAAAAUACACUUUUGCAACGGGAGCCUUAAAUCGUUCGAACGUUAGAAAUGUUUUACAGAUGCGAUUCGCCGAGAUUAUAAUUUGUAGCAUAUAUCAUUUUUUGUCGAAGCAUAUCGGCCAAUGACGAAUUUCGCACUUGUAUUUUCUGUUUCGAACGGUUUGAUUUGUACAUUUCAAGGCAUGCCUUUUCAAGGACGAUCUUCUGCUAAAGGAAUCCUCGUUAAAUAUAUAGAACGUUAGAAAAAUCGGGAUUCGAUCCGUUAAGGAGGAAACGGUACAAUUCUAUUUUCCUUGUUUCUUUCGCUCACUUUCUGUCUCUCCCUCUCCCUCUCUCUUUCUCUCUCUUUCUCUCUCUCUCUCUCUCUCUUUCUCUCUUUCUCUCUCUCUGACUCCCUUUCUCACUUUGUAUUUACGACAGAAUAUACAAUUUAUCGCAUCAUAUAUAUAUAUAUAUGAUAUUUUUUUAGAAACGUUUAAGUAUAUUAUCGUUUUCCUCCUUUUUUGUUUCCUUUUUUAAAUUUUUUAUUUUCUUUUUUUUUAUGUAUAUAUAAAUUAAGUUGUUGACGUCUUAAAUGGCUUUUAUAUAAGCAAUGAUUGCUGAUCGAUAUCAAAUAUCACUUAAAAAGGAAAUACACGUAUAACGUCCAUUGUAAAUAUCGGUGCAAUAGUAAGACCUGAAAUUAAUAUUAUUUGCCACAAAGUGUGCGUUUAAUCGCUAUUUUAAAGGGAAGAAAAAGCAAAGCAGAAAUGGGAAAACAAAGAAGGGACAUGCUGUUUUUAGCGUCGUGCAAUCGCAUUCAAAUCCGUAUUGCUUUGCAAAAGCGGGGAUGAAAGAAACGAAUGGAAAUAAGAACGGGGAAGAUAAAAGAAAGAAAAAAGAAAAAGGUAUAUCGAUGCGACUAUUUUGGGCCGAUCGAUCGAUGAUGCCUUGUUGGUGCGCACCUACUUGCGAGAAACUUGCGAAAAGCUUGCGUUUAAACUCGUAACAAAAACAAAUUGUUCGUUGGCGUCGUGUCUACGCGUAACUAGACGCGAAAAAGAGCGAAAAAAAACAAAGUUGCAUGUGCGCACGAUUUAAACUGUACUACAUGAGACGUUUCGACUGGGAAAAGAUAUGAGUAUUCCUGUCCGCUGAAGGCGACAAAAAACAAACAAACAAACAAACAAAAACACUAAGUAAGAAGUAAUAGUAUAGUAGAGGUAUUCUCGAUAUGAUAUUUUUCGACGAUAUAAGACUUAGUUGUGUUGAGAGGACUUAUGCAGAGAGGGUACUUGUAAAGUAAUCCAGAGGAAAAAAUGGUGUAAUUUGUGGAAAAAAAAAGCCGGACGCACAGGAAGAACACACAGUGUCAUAGAGGAGGGUUAGCGACCAGGAGAGAAUUGAAACGAAAAAAAAAAAAAACUGGUACUGUGAAAUGUGUACAUA